AUGAACAGACGUGAACGUGUGUACGAUCGUCGAAAGUAUACGUCGACUUUAGGAUACUCGGAAAAGUUGUUAAAAGCAUUACCGUACUUGUCCUGCCAAGUGAGUCGAAUAGUCUAGCUAUGCUUGCUCCGGCGCCUUGUAGCUCGUUUUCCUUUAUCAGUUUCUGAUAAACAUAAUGAUCUCAUGUUGAUUUAUUACGUUAUGUCAUUCUGUUGAGAAUAACCCUAGUGGCAAUUAGGAGAAUAUCACACUCUUGCAACUUUCCCUCCAUGUUGCAGUCCCUGUCCUGAUACAAUUUUGCCGUCAAGUUGCCGGCUACAGUGGUAGUGGUCGUCAAAAUCCUGGUUGCUUGUUAUACAUCAGGGGCUUUAAAGUGGAGCGCCCAGAUGUGGAUUCGGCCGCGCCAUCCACGUGCGCACCCCACGCCUCCGGUCUUCUUGAUUGUUUUGACGCCGGCCCAGGUUGGGAGGAGUGUGCGGCAGGUGCUGCGCAGGUCUACCCGCACAAUUCACUGUCUACAUCACGUUGCUAUGGAACACAUAGUGGACAUCGUCAGUUGCGAUGGUCGAACUAUCAUGAUGGUCACAUCCAACAUCAUACCUGCCAGCACUUGCCUUCACGUGACGCGUGGUGAAUACACCGACAGCGAGAAUGGCUCCGACCAUGUUCUUGUGAGGAUGGAGCUACGACUCAGGUUGCGUUUUGUCAAAAAAGCAGUUUACGAGCAGAUGCGAUAUCGACUGUCUUAGGGAUCUUGCUGCUACAAUGGCCUUUUUUAAACAUCUCUCCAACGGCCUCCGCGUACUGACCGAAACGACAACCAUCCCUAAGGCCUCUUCAGUAGAAGAAAACUAACUGGAAUUGCAGCAUACUUCCCAGAGUACCCCCCCCCCCCCCAGAAACGUCUAGGCCGCAGUAGACGUAGCCGCAAAAUAGGGCCUCUGCUAAAGGACCCCACUGUCUGUUAUUCCAAGUGCAGCUUCUGUUUGAGGCAGCGCGAACCUCAAGAACCUGUUUUUCGACUACGAGUUCUGUACGUCACAUCGAGCGACGAACGCUGAAGUAGAACCGUCGGAUAUAUCGGACACACGAGGUGACUGAGACGAGAGGGAGCCCUGCCAGAUUUGGAAGGUGAACGAGUUCUAUAAUAGGUCGGCCGCAGUUAUUAGAGAUAAUUAAGAUACGCUGAUACCAUUAGUCUCCGGAUACGGUACUUUAGAGGGCGCACUUUUUCCACUUUUUGAGCCUGGCCGGCCUGGCGCUCGAAGGUGACUGUGACCUUAGCCGGCCAUUUAUCCAGGUGCUGGAGAAACUGAGGAGUAGUAAAGCACCGGGUUAGGCCCGUCUUACAUCUAAGAUCCACCAGCAUUGUUAAGCCGUAACAGCCAACCUGUUACAGAACCUUCAGAGGCAGAGACCAUACCCUAGACUGGAGUGGUUUUGCCGUAGCGGUGAUGCUCAGGGAAGGCGACAUAUCGCUUUAUAAGCAGCACAAGUCUAAUUGAAAUUGUCUCCAAAGUCUUUGCAAUCUUUCUAUAUCACUUCCGCUUGCGCACAGUGGGCAAUAUAAUCUUCGAACCGGUUUGAAUCGCGCUUAUUAGCAUUCUUGCUCUGUCAAGGCUGCAAACGCCACCAUUGCCAAGAACAGACCACUUUUGCUUCGUCGAUUUUUUUCUCUGCUCUUCACACUGUCUAUCGGGAUUUCCUGCGCUUGAUCAUGUUGCAUAAUUGCUCGCAGUGUUUGGUAAGGAGAUUAGCUUCUUUGACUACCUCCAGUUUCCAUCAGGGCUGCGCUCUCUCACCAGUGCUGUCCAAUUAAGUCGUAGAAUGGGUUCUUUGACACGCGCUUGGCAGACCACCCCUAUUUUCAAGUGGGUUGUGCUCCAUGCGUUGUGGGUCUUAACCACGUUGGUGACGUGGCGGUAUCAGCCAACUUCUUAGCGGAAAGGCAGCCAAGAUGAACUUGAAAAUGUAUUCUUUCAAAACGAAGAUGGGCGCGCCAAGUCUUUGACCUUAAAGAUAUCUGCCUUGUCAGGGUUUAAAAUGAAGCUCUUAGGCUGGUCGCUUACUUCUGCUGCCGUUGGCCGAACUGUCGACCAAACAGGGAAGGGCGCAUCUGUUGCGCCUAAUGCCUUAGUAAGCAUGAGUACGGAACCAUGAUCAGCCAUACCUUGAUUUUUAACACGAGAACUCUGCAACGUCUCCCACCUAGAGCCAUGUUUACGUAGUCCAUUGUUGUGAGCCGUAUCGUCUUGAGCUUAUUAGUUCGACUGGGAGUUUUUAUGCGACCAUUCCAAAUGGGUUGAUCUAGCUUGCCUUCCAGGAAGCCGAAAAGUCACUGUACUAGCUUCAGGUGCCGGAUCUCAAUAACUCAGCAAACCGACGAGGCUAUUAUUGUAACUGAGACCAUUUGCCCGACUCCUACCAGUCGCCAAUUUACUACUCAGUAACUACGCUCCGGCUUCCGACCGCUCAGUGAAAUAGGUCCGCAACAGCGGCAGCUGUACUGCUUGUACUUUGAUGUCAUUCAAAGUAGACAAUUCUGCUAGCAUCAAAACUGAUCGCUCUUCACUGCAUUCAAUCGAAGGCCGAUUUCUGAGUGAAGUCGAGCAAGUUCACACACAAGCCUCACACACCGCAUACCAAAGAGCAAGUUGUCCGCUAAAGGUCGGGUUUCUAGACGACUUAGGUUGGCCGCCUCGAUACCAGAUUUGGUUUUGUACAAGGGACGUCCCGGAAGAUUUCGUAAUCAGGUGUACGGAGUAUCUAGCCGCGUUAUUUCAGUCAGCCGGUGAGAGGGCGUAGCUGAUGAGUUGGGUUUCUGACCGACGGUUUAUGCGUUUAAAACACGGUCAGAGAGAGAAAUUCGAAGGACUUAGCGUAGGCAUCAUCACUCAAAUACGUCCAGACAGUGGCCAUCUUCAGAGCGCCCGGGAGAUGUCCCUCAUCCGUACAGAAUUGUCUUGGCCGAGGGCUUCGCCGAAUCUAUUUCAGUAAAGCAAAGGUGGUAAACACGCUGGUCAAUUUCGGAGUCUGGGGUCCGUCUUUGUCAUUUCCUUUUCGGUAUCCUCCCCAGUCAGCUUGGAUAGAAGUGGUUUUACUUCAUCGCCUGGUUUUGGUAGUUUGUCCAGGUCCCCGCACUGUAGCGGGAGGUCAGGACAACAAACUUGUACAUUCUCAGGUUGAUUUUGAGAAGUAUUUUCGGGUGAUUUUAUAGUGUUGUGUAAAGCCUGUCGAAGGCUCUACUGGCUUUAGUUAUUCAAACCGUAAUCUUGUCAAUUUUUAUGUUUAUGAAGAUCGUGUUUUCCGUAUCAGAUAAUUUAUUUAGCACAGUCAGUCAUUUGUUAUCACUAAUGUGAUCAAGAUUUGCUAAUAUUCCGCGACUGGCGCCGGUUCCAAUCGUUUUUAGGCUGCGUGGCACGUCCAGAGUCAGCAUGUCAAGGCUCCGCCACAUUCUUGCUUGUUUUGGGAGUGUUGGGUUCGCAUUUGUUGCCAAGAAAGUUGCAUGUUCUGUUCUUUCGGUACUUUCGUAAGAACGUGAAUAAGACGGGUAUUGAAUAGCUUCUGCCGAUUUGAUAGUUACUGUCAGGUUUUGAUCACCUCUCGUCAUAGCCACUCAGUAGCAUUGCGGAGAACAUGAGACUGAAGAUGUUUAGAGUGGGUACGCAACCCUACCACACUCCGCAUGUGACUGUGAGGAUUUCCGAUAGAGGUAUUGUUCCAUCUGAACUGGACAGCUUCUGAGAUCCUGUGAGUUUGCGCCGUGGCCAUGCAAGUGACUAGGAAAAGGGUCUUAAUUUCACGAGACCGACGUAUCUCUUAGUUUCCUCCGCCUUACCAGCAAACCAAUUGUUUUGUCUGUCUCACAUCCUCUACUGCAUGUAGCGUCGACUUUGAAAAAUUUGGAUUUGUCAAUGGCUGUUGCGUGCUAAGUUUGUGCCAACGUCUUCUUCAGACUUUUGACUGCAAAUGUCCAAGCUGGAAAGAGGGGGAAAAUGACAGUGAUCACCUUACAUGUGGCAGCUGCAAGCAUUCACACUGUGCCGAUGUCGACUCCCCCGAAUUCGUUAGAUGGAUUGAAACAACUGCUAUUCAAAUGGUCGAUGACCUGGAGACUCUCUUCCUCCUAUGCGCCAACGAGGAGGACAUUGAAACGAGACAACUCUACUUUUGCAUGCUCAAGGUAGAUUGCAUCCCGUCUAUUUACCUACUUUAGCGGCUACGGAAAGCGCUAACUAAUCGCUUUCAGCCUCAGAUUGAUGACCUGCCCCCGUUCGAAAGACCAAGCAUCAAUACUGUAAGUACUCCCAUUGUAUUAAGUAAACUGCAUCAAUUUCUGCAGGCCGUGCGUAAUUUGAUCAUUCGUAAGCUGGCAACGAAUCCCAGCGAGCCACGGACCUUCAUCAGCUUAGGCAGGCUCGUGCUAACCUACCUCAACGGCAGGCAACUACAAAAACCAAAACAACGUCGGGGCAAGAAUGAAAAUGCCGUAGGUUACCGGCUGAUUUACAUGCGCUGGAUGUGUCACUGCUGCAUCCCUCUAUUCUGCGCGAGCUUCCCCCACUUUGAACCCUCUCUUGCUUUUGGGAAGAACUUCUUUCUGGCUAUGUUGCCGGAGCUUAAGUCAGGCUUAAUUGAGCGCGUUCGCCAGGAGAAGGCCACCGGGAAACUAGCAGCAGAUCUUUCGAGGUAAGCAUCCAGACAGUCUGGGACCUCUAAUUCCUCCUUAUGGCCUGCUUAUCUAGCUUUAUUGAGGAACUGGAAACCGAGGCUCGCCUUCCCAAUUCCGCCAUCUGGGAUCCGUUCUUCAGGCCGUUUGCUACUACAGAUUUAUCCGAAGACUUUAAACCGUUUGACCUGACAAAAAUUGAGGAGAACAGCACUGCGCACACGGGGUCCGCCAAAUCGUCGGAUGAAAUGUGGACCACCGGCCACAACACGCCCGUGCACUGCGUGAAGCCAGGCAGUCCGUUACACAGUAGUUCAUCUACGGCCACUCCAAAGAGGAGAGCGAGUACGUUUGUUUUGUAACUGUCCCUAAAACCAACAAUCGAAUAACCUAUUCUUCCGUUUUGUCUAUACCCAGGGUUAAAACGAAGCUGACAGAGUCACGGGGGUGACAGUUGACGAUCUAUCCUGCCUACAGGAUGGAGCACAGGCGUCCCGUCUAGUCUUGGUGUACUGGAUCUAGAGCUGACACAUGAGGUCACAUAGUUAAUUAAGCUUCCAUAUACUUCCAUGGGUUUUACACAGAGGUCAUUUGCUAGAAAUUAAAACGAUGUAGGAUGCUUUUUUCCUUUUUCCGGAUCAGGAUAAAGCACUUCGCCCAGCACGCCCUAAGGAGUCGCCAGAGUUAGUGUGCACUCCGCCUCUCUGUUUCAUUUUUACUUUUUUCAGCAGAGUGGACUUGCCGGCGGGCGUCUAGUGAUAAUAUUUAGUUGGUUUUACACCCUCCCUGGGUUAUAUCGCAAUCUAGAAGGGCCGGUAAGACAUGGUUCCGUUAUGGGAGACGAGCCACUCUUGUUGUAGCAUACCUAAACUCAAGGCGUGUCGAUACUGUCUCCCUCCCGAGAUGUUUUUUGUUAUUAACAUCAGACGGAAAGUGAAUUAGGCGCGUUUUGCAUUGCGGACUCCUCCGGUAGAUGCUUACGUCUGGCGGUCUCGUUUAGCCAGUAACAGUUCUAACUGAUUGGCAUUUAAGAUGUCCUUCAGUGCGCUUGGUCGACUUAAACCAAUAGAAGCGUUAUUUUCUAGUCUGUCACACAGUCUUCGUUUUGACGUUUUCUCGACUUUUAAGAAAAUAAUUUCCUCAUCUUUCCUCCGGCUACAUAUCCGAGGAAAAGUAUCUUAGGGACUUUUGUAAAAUGUGCUGGUUACUUUUCUUCUACUGCUGCAUUUGGCUGAGCACUGUUGGUUUACGAGUCCAUAUCUCUUAUGGUGUCGAAGCUGCCUUAAUAAUACCUCUAACGGUUAGGAUGCAAAUAUUAAUGGCGUUGAAACGGUAGUCGUCCUCUUUGUCUUGGUCAUUAAACGUAGACUCAAUCACUGCAAAUUAUUCGAAUAGUUGUCACGGUACGUCGCAAGUCACCUCUGGCCUCAUGUAAGCGGUCAUUCUACUUAUCUUUUCACGUGUUUAUAUGUCCCGAAUAAAUAGGAUUUAGCUUCAUCUUUCCAUUAUUAGUAAAAUUUACUUAUCUUCGUGCAGGUGUUCGCCUGAAGAAUCAGGCUGCUAUGGCCAGCACAGAGGAGAAUGAUUUUCCUGGAACUCCACACGUCUUUGCGAGGCAAGCCAGCAUUCAGUCUCGGACACAAACAACUCCUCUCGGUAUCUGUUGCCGGCCCCACGAACCCGACUCAAACGUCGACCCACUGUCAUUACCACCAAAACGAGCUCGUCCCUAUGUUCCCGGGGAUAUCAAUCCCCUGGAAUUGGAGGAGGUUCUGAAGGAGAUUGAUGAAGAACAGAAGUUUGGUGGACACAUCCUUCCCUCCCCUACGGUAUGCAAGGCAACAACCAUACACCGCUUUCUAUUGGGUUGGGAACCCGGUAUCCCCGACCACCCAGGAUUCUGUCGCGUGCGCUGGUCACUCAGCCACUCUUCGACAUGGCUCUACUCAUUUCUAAUUAAACUACAAUCCAUUGGCUCGCAAGGCCUAGUAAUCUGAACAAGUCCAAAGUUAGGGGAAGUAAAUGCCUAGUCGGCUUGUGACAUAAUAGAGAAAAAGAAAAGCCCAUGGAGGCUGUUUUCGAUGCAGAAUCAACUUUUAUAGCCCGCAGUUUGGUUAAAAGCUCACCAGACAAUACGUCUUAUCAGAGCUAUUGACGGUCCUUUCAUCAACUUCCCUUUCCUUUCUAUGGUUUUCAUAAUAUUUUGUCCGAACUGGCCAACAAUGGCCAUCGUCACCAAGUUAUGUGUGGUUUCAGUGUGCGUCUUUGGUGGCAUUCAUGCUAAAGCUGUCCGAGCGUUUUACUGUUAUCAUUGAUUUAUCGUUUGGCAGAAACGACCUCUACGGCUAUUGGAGUUUGCCUGAACGUUUGACAGAUAGAGCAGGUCCAGCUUUGGAGGUAUAGUAGAUCACGACACAGUGCAAGGGACACUUUGGGGUGGAGUUCUUGCACGCGGAUUUAACAGCCGCCACACCUAACGUUCCAUCUAUUAUGUCUCUCGUUGCAAGCACAAGAACGGCAGCAUUAAAUGAAUAGGCGCUCCUUUUCGCGCGUCGACCUCGUUCUGCUGGUUUAUUUGAAGUAGCGUUUUGGGCCGGAGCGUUUUACGUAAUGUUCCUCUGCAGUGUCCACGCCGCUGUUGUCGUUACUGUCUGAUUGCGUAGCAAACUACUUCCUGCCUGUCGACUUCGCAUGUCCCAUCAGAAGUUUCUGGAAGCCUGAGCUACCCUGUGAUGCUCCGUUAACUUUUUAUUGCUGAUCGCAGUUUUGUCGUGGUCUGAACUUCGCGUUGAAUUCAGUUGCGAAACCUUAAACGAAGCCUGUGCUUAUACUUAAUAUCUAUGGCUACUAUUAUAUCGUCUUCGUUCAACGGUCGACAGCGACCAUCUGCCGAGGUCUGAGUAAAUCCUUCUGUUGCCGUUCUGUUUGCAGCUACGGUCAUUCCAUGCCGCUCGCGAUGCUGCUGCCAGACGGGAGGAGUCGGCGGGCACCAUCGAGUUCCAUGUGGUCAACAACAGCCUCAGCCAGAAACAGGAACCGCAGACGUAUAUUUGGCUCCUUGAGCUCCUGAAUGUCUUUGCUAUCCAAUUACCUCGAAUGCCCAAAGAGUAUAUUACUCGCCUCGUAUUCGAUCCGUACGUCUUUUAGUGCUACUCUUCUAGUGCUCUCCGUUUCCCUUGUCUUUAUUGGACUACUUUUUGUUUAUCAGUCCCCUUCCACAAAAACGAUUCCAGCUUGCAAAGUACCCAUACUCUACCGGCGGGUUUUCGCAUGAUGUUAAUCUCGAACCGUUGUCUACAGUAUCAGGUCAUUUGUUCCCCAAAUGAAGAUGGUACCCGGUGCAUGUUUGAGCGAUGACGUAAACGCGUGAAACACUAAGUUUUCCCUCGGAUGUUCAAAUGAAGAGGGGUAUCACUUUAUGGGGUCAACCAUUUCAUCCUCGGUCAGGGUUUUGGUACAAUCGCUCAUCCACUAGAACGUUAACGUGCUCACUCUUAUGCAGGUCGAUAUACCGCAUCUAUGUGUUGUAUACGUUGAAUGGGAGCGUUGUUUAAUGCUUGUCCUGUCGUUUUACCUGACGAUAGCACCCGAAAGCAUUUCCUUGGCGCUGUUGUCCGUAUAACAGCAUGUCUUUUGGUCGUUGGUUUCUGCUGGCUUUCCCAUCCUCCUCCAUCCCCCCUCUGCCCAUUACGUGAUGACCGAAUAAGAAGGCACUCGGUAGCCACCUGCCCGUCUCUUCUACAAAAAAGGUUUUUUUGCGGACACUUGCGUGCCUUUAUGUUCAUCAGUCUACGCAAUCUCCGCUGCCUUGGCACUUUAGUAAUUCACCACAUCGUACCUAAAUGAAGAGUUAAAUUGCGUGCUCCACCUCGCCUCCUCGGUAACCCCUCAACACUUAUUCUUCCCCUGUCCUUUCGUGACAUAAAGGCUACCGGGACAGGUGAUGGCAUAAGCCUUACACAGCAUUGAUUACAUCUCGGUGUAUUAGGAUAUUCCCAAUUGGAGUUGUCCAAAUUCAUAAACUUUUCAUAAAAUCCCGUAUUGUGCUCGGCUUGUCCAUGGCGCCUUUAGCGAUGCGACUGUUUGUUGUUCGAUAUUUACUUACUAUGCCCCCCUGAAAUACCUUUACUGACCAUCAGCUGGUAUUGCCAGUCAUUAAUUGAAAUGGGCUGAAUAACUUUGCGAUGGGAUUUCUACAAUCUGGACCGUCCUACAAUGCAACUAGUGUCGACAAAGUGAGCCUACCUAAAGGUCGUGUUGUGAAUGUAAGCCCUUAGCAGAUUGUCUACUGAAAGUGUAUUUUUUAAGCAUGGGUCUUUCGGCCAAUCUACCUUCAUGUCUGAGUCUUACGUUGUUUGCCGUUCAAACACGAAAAACGUAGUGUGUUUGCGGAGGACGGGGUCUCGCGUUUCCGAAAUCUGACCCCUCGUAUGGCGUCAGUUAACCGGCCGCUUUGCAUUCCGUCUCAUUGAGGUAAGAGGUGGCUCUGGAGUAUUUUUGGUAGGCAAAUACGGUCUUCGGAUGAAAUUCGUACUUCCCUUCUGCCAAGGUAUCCAACCUUUAGAGCCGCUUGGUACUGUCUUAUGGGUUGAAUUUAGUAUACUCUCACUGCAGUCUCCUUUGUACAUUAUCUCCCUUCGUCAGCUCAGCGUGCCUUUUUGUCAUCGACAGGAAACAUCGCAACCUUGUUCUCCUCAAAGUGUCUGACUCUGGCGAACGCAACGCAAUCGGAGGCAUCACCUUUCGCAUGUUUCCAACUCAGGGAUUCACUGAAAUCGUAUUCUGUGCUGUCAUUUUCAAUGAACAAGUGAAGGUGUGUCCGAAAGCUUGCUUAUUUUUUUUCGCACCUUUGGUUUAUCUGUUACUCGGAAUUUUAGGUUCAAGAAGGCUGUGUUCAGGACUCUGCGAGUAGUUGACAGUCUUCUGUUCUAACCUUUAAAUUUCGAACUAACACCACACUUGAAUCCGAAAGGCUGACCUUCUCAUUUUUCUUGCAUCUACAUUUUCUCAAAUUUGCCAAUAAACAGUCGCAGAGGCUUUUACGGGCAUAGCUAGAAAUCCCAUCAAGGGUCGCUUUUUAGUAAAAAAAAAGUACACAAAGCCAAGUAGAGUUCUUCUCUCCUAGGGGGUCGUAUUAAAGCUGUUGCUACAGAAGAGCAGUUUUGUACCGUGAACUGUUUCUACUUCUCCUCUGUUGUUGUAGGGCUAUGGAACCCAGAUGAUGAACCACCUAAAAGACUAUCACACACAACAUGGGAUCUAUCACUUUCUCACCUACGCAGACUCAUUCGCAACUGGUUAUUUUCGAAAACAGGGGUUCUCCCGGGAGAUCCGUCUGCCCCGUCAAGCGUAUCACGGUUAUAUCAAGGAAUACGAAGGAGCUACCCUCAUGGGCUGCGAACUCUACCCAAACAUUGUCUACACGGAGUUUUCAGAAAUCCUCAACAAACAACGUGAGGUUCGUACUUACCUGGAGUUAUUACGGCCAGCAACAACUAAACUGUAGCCAUUCUUUAUUGAGUUUUCGCUUAUCUUCUUGCUUCCGCAUCAACGUUCAGCCAAUGAUCCAUUAGCUUCUACAAUUGUAUGAAUUUUUUCUGGCUGCCGCGCCGGCCAGGCAGGCCUCCAUUUUGAAAUAAUGUUCUUCCAAAACAGUGAAUCGUCAACAGCCUGGUUCCCAAAGUGACAUCUUUAUAACCUUUUGUUGCUACUUGAUGCAUUGUGUUACCUCUGAAGAGAUGCACAAAAAUACUUUUUGACGGAAACCCUCGUCCCUGGUCACUGCGUCCGUCUGUUCCUCCCAGCUGGACUUCGCCAGAAGGGAAACUCUGGUGUUCACGCCGUAUUUUCUGUCAGAAUAAAAAAACGUACUUAUUUGCCAAAUAGCGAAUAACUAAAACUACCUGUACCUUUAAACUGGCCGGCGCCUUGUUGAGUAUGAUACCCACGUUCGCCACCAAUUGUUGCCCUUCUUCAUCUUUUCCGUAUUCCACUUCCUUUUUUCCUGACUAGACCUGUGUAUUCUACGCAUCUGUCUUUGUCAAAAGAAGAUGACAGUUUGAAGUACCUUUUAGGUUGCCUCACUUGCACAGUUAAAGCUUUCCCUCUUUAAAACCUGCCCGGUGCACGCGUUCAGUUUUGCCUUUGAUGGGUAUUUGUUGCGUUAAACAUUUGCUUCUUUAUGUACCUGUCCCUCUCUGUGUAGAUAAUCUCACGCAUAAUCCAACGUCGCAGGAAAGCCCUCGAACGUGUAUAUCCAGGCAUUCCCACCGCCAACUUCCGCAAUGGCCCAAUUCCCUUUUCUAGCAUUCCCGGCCUUGUCGAGGCUGGCUGGCGACCAGGAGAGGGCGAUGUGGUGGAAGAGACGCGUGCAGUCUAUCCCGAACCAACUCUGGCCGACCAGUCACUGUCUUCAACCGUCCCCGAAGCGGCGCCUCCUAGUGAGCAGGGCGCUGUCGUUGAUGACGCGAGCGUCACUGAUACUGAUCGACCCUCUUCUCCUCUACAAUCUGCACUCCCGGUCACCGGCAGGUGCCUCAGAACUCGCACUUCACUCACACCGACUGCGAGGGUGGAUACUAUCGCAGGUAGAACCCGGGCACGAGAUUCGAGGUGGGUUUUUUUCGUCUAUUUUGAGCGUCCUUGUAUAUCCUGCUCCCGUUCUCCGUUGCAGAAGCAAAUGUGGACUUCUAGGUAGCUGCUGCCGACCGGCUAUGCUGGUUGCUUUUUUUACUCUAGUUAUCCCAGGGCAUGCUUCAUCGCCAAUGGCCUCCAUCGGUCUUUCCUGUUUAUUUUAAAUCGGUGCCUUCGAGCGUGCAAGAUUUGGUCAAUAGCUGAAACUAUGUACAUUUAAAGCAGCUUCUAGGUUAUUAUGAUUUGCUGUAUGUAGUUAAAAUGGCUGUUACUGCUUCUGUCUAGCAGAGAGAUGCUUUCUCCAAAUACCUAUAACUCCCCAUUAUAGGCGAACAUCUGAAACCAAGGCGGAGAUUUCGACCUCUCCCACACACCCCGCAGAGGAGAAGCAUAAAGGUCGUGAAGAGACGAAAGUCUUGAAUGAUUCAGUUGCGUCCCUUGCAGAUCGGCUGCGUCCUGUUUUGGAGGCGGUUAAGGCGCACAAACUGGCCGGUCCUUUCUUGCGUCCCGUUACGGCUGCUGAGGCUCCAGGCUACUUCAACCUCAUUGUCUUUCCAAUGGGUGAGCCUCCCCUGCUCUGUUCUUUUUAUCCCCCCCCCCCUCCGUGAUUCUAGACGCGUCAGAGUUGUUAGUUUUCGAACGAAUUGGCCUUUCUGCGUCCCACUCGAGAGCAAUGUUCUUACAAACCCGACUUUAAUAGGCAAGGCAGUUCUUGUCCUCUGCCACAUUGUUUCACGAUUUGCUCCGCCAAUAAUCCUAUUGUUUUUUAUCUUCCUGAAUCAUGUGUUCUUAACCCCUUAUGACUGGAACCUGCCUACAACUUAGGGUAGUGCCGUCUGCGGAAGGCACUACUGAAGACGCCGUGUAGCUCGCUAUCCACACGCCCCUUAUGCUUGCUCCCUGUCCUGUGCUAGCUUGCCACCUUAGCGAGAAUUUGAGCUGUAGCAGUGUUCGCUGAUUGUUCCGGUUAUCCCGCACAGUUCACAAACGAGCCGUCCUGCGUGUUUAGAAUACAUCUGCAUGCUAGCCACCAUUAGUGUAUGGACUAGCGGAGGCAGUCGACUAGAACCAGCGAAUCACUCUAGUCCGUAUCACUACUUACUCGGCGCGUGAACAAAUCACUUUCCCAUGGUAUUCCAGUGGGCAAUAUUCUCGACUGUCUACCCCGCCUCCGGUUCACCCUGGUUUACUAUUUUCACAUCUUGACUUCAAGAUUGUAUUUAUCCCUGCCUUCACUUUGCCUCCGCAUGUAUCCUUUGUAGACCUACGUACCAUGACGGAGCGUCUGAAGAACCGGUAUUACGUGCGGAAGGAACUCUUCAUUGCCGACAUGCGCCGCAUGUUCCAUAACUGCCGAACCUAUAACCUGCCCGAAUCUGACCUCUACAAAAACGUUUCGACCAUCGAGACUUUCUUCAUCCGAAAGAUGAGGGAAGCCGGGCUGUGGGAUGGAUAG